ACCCUCCUUGUGGCUCCUGUCAUGAUUUUGAGGAGGUGGAAAAUCUUCUGCAGUGCAGCCUUUCCUCUCUGUGCUGUCAUCUGUCAGACUGGCCCUCUCUGCUGUGUGAAUAUCAGGAACCAAAGGCUGUUCAGUAUUGUUUGGUGAUGAUACUUUACCUGGCUCGAAAGCAAGGAGACAGGCUGCUCCCAGAUCAGACCGUGUUCUCCAGUGUGGUGGCGUUGUUGCAGUCAGUGCAGGAGGAGAGCAACUGUGUUAUUCCCUGCUCUGUUCUCCGCUCUGCCCUCUACUUGAUGGCAGUGACCCAAGAGAGGAGCCUCAAUCUGGUCGGGGCUCAUUUGAACUGCAUCAUCAAAGCGCUCUCCUCCUGCCAGAACUUCUCUUCCCUCUACAGUCACCACCCUGCACUCCUCCACUUCAUCUGGCGCUAUCCAGAACUUGCAGAAAAGUUUGGAGCCCUGGUCUUGGAGCUUUGGUUCACCAAAAAAUCACAGACAGAUGCCAUGAAGAACACGGCAGACGUGCAAGAAACUGAUGAAACAAUAGAAAGCCAAACACAUCAGCAGCAGGAUGAGGAACUAGACUUACAAACCUUGGAGAUGCUGUCUCUUAUGGAGAAGUACCCACAUGUCAUGCUGACCCUCUUGGACAUGGCUGUCAGCAGAGAAUCUCCUCUUGCAGAACAUGUCUUGGAUGUGCUAAAGGUUAUUUUGCUUAGACAAAGAGAGUUUGUGACAGAUUUGUGCACAAGUCUUAGACCAGCUCUGCUACAGGCAUUGCAGCGGAUAAGUGUGGACAACAUGGCUAAUGGGCUGGGACAAGGUCACGCUGCACCAGCUACCUCACUCCCUGUGGUGCUGAAGCUGCUUUGUCUGACGCAGGCCAGUGACCCGCCUUCACCCUACAUCUACAGUAAUAUGGAAAGAGUGCACUUCAAGCUGCUCUACCAUGUGAGUAGUAUAGGUGGGAUGCUGAAGCCUACUAACACAGAGAGCCUGCUGCCUGCCCUCAACUUCUUGCAGUGUUGCCUGAGUCUGUCCCCAGCACACAGCAGUGACCGAGCUGUCUCCAUGCUGCUCUCCAACAGUGGGUUGAUGGACCAGCUGCAGACAAUCAUCUCCUCCUCCUCUGUUCCUCCUUCCCCCCCUCCAUCUGCCUGUCCUCCUUCAGCUCUGCUGUGCUGCAGCCAUCUUCUCCUAUCCUCCCUCAUCGCCUUGCAGCACAUUCACUCCACUCAGGUUCAGAAGAGUAUUAUUUGGAGUCUGGACAUAGCUGUACACCGACUGUUUUGUCAGAAAAGAAACACAGACAAUCUCUUGCUGGUCAGCUACCUGAGGAUGCUACAGGCUUUGCUUGAUGUUGACAUGGCAUCAUCAGUGGUGUGUUUGAGCACUGGUCCUGGAGUAGUCGGGCCCAGGCUUCUGGAGGCUGAAGAUGGAGCAUUGUACCCGCUUGGCUCGACAGGGGCCCAGUGCCUCCUAACUGCUCUGUGGUCUUCUUACGCAGAGGUUGAACCUUUUGCCAGGGAUUGCCGGUUCUCAAAAAUAUUUUGUCCGUUUCUGUAUUUUUGGGUUGUCAAACAUUGUCUUUCUGGAUGUCUUCCUUCUCAGAAACACGAGUUGCUGCUGAGAACUUCGGUCAACUGUCUAAGCUCCCUGCUGGGCUUUCUUAAAAGAAAGUAUCCUGCUUCAGCUGAGCACGCAGUGUGUCAGCCUUGGUCUCGUUUCCUCCUGUACUGUAAGCUCAACUCAGGAGAGAAAGGCCUUCUGCACCCCGCUCUUCUCAGACUCAUAACACUUUUGUUGCAGUACAGCAGCACAGCAGUCCUGUGGGAGCCAGAUCUGCUCCAUGUGAUUGAUACUGUGGAGAGGAGUGGGAUGAAGGAGCUCAACCAUGAGGCAGCACGGGCACUAGAGCUGCUUCUUACGCAGAUCCAGAGAAGUGUUCCACUACCUACUGAGGGGCACAAGCUGAGAGUGAGAAAAAUGAUGGAGUCGCUUGGAGCACAGACAUCUUCUGAGAGCUGCAACGCGAGGCUGUCCAAUGUCUUACGUGUUGGAGAUGUGUCCCUCUGUAUGUCUGAGUUCUCUCUGAAAACAGGCUGAUCCAUCAACUUUUGGAUUUUUUGGACUUUUUUAGUUUUAUUUCUGAAUCUCUUUGAUUGUUCUUUCUGUCUGUGUGCAUCAUUACACCUCAGUUAUGUAACAGCAGCACAGUGAACUGUUGUGAAGGUUUAUGUUUGAGCCG